UCACCGGAGACCGUCCAGUGAGAGAGGAAUUCUUUGGAUUUGUGAAUCCUACGGGAAGCAAUUCUCAGUUAUUCCCAGUAAUGAGGGGAGAGAGUUGACAUGAAACCCCCUCCCCCAAAGGGGAGUCACAGUCAACCAUGUAAGACACCAAUUUGUUGUCUUUAUGAACAUUUCCAUUAAGCUUCCGGCAGGACUGUGUAUAGUUAAAGUACCCAGGAAGAAAUAUGCACGUGUGGCAAUCGCUUUCGAAACGGUGCCUUUUAGCUCAAAGACCGAGUCUCGGGCCUCUGCCCCUGAUGGAGUCAAAUUUGAAUAACCACUUCCCUUUUCAUUUGUCGCCGCUCCAGAGGAAAGGUUCACAAAAGAUCAAAUGGCCAAAAGGCAGGCAAAGGAAAAAGGAGGUGUGAGAAACCAGGAACCUUGAUAGUCAACCCCUGAAUGAUCAAGAGGAGAUACUCACUAGGGUAAUCAAUCAGCGGUAUAUAUUGAGUUCUUGUGUGCAGAGCACUGUACUGAAUGCUUGGGAGGGGACAGUACAACAGAGUUAGUAGAGACAUUCCUUGCCCACAACGAGCUUAUGGUCUAACUACUACUUUCAUUUCAAAAGCCACGUCGAUGGGCGAUCUUUUUAUUAGUAUCCAAGACCACAGUGACACGCAGAUCACGCCCCCAAACAUCACCAUUCUGCUACGCAACGGUCAUUGGAUUAUUUGGUUCUAGGCCCAGCCGACUCUCUAUCAUCGGCACUGUAGACCGGAGCUGGCAAAGCCCUAUUUAUCUCCUCCCCCUCGGCUGGAAAGUCUUGUGGAUCUACUUCACUCAUAAACCCCGAGAGCUAAAGGCGGUGAGCGGCCCACAGUGAAUUCCAGCCAAAGCCCUCGGUGACGGUCAUCCAAUUUCAUCCGAGCCGGUGACUCUUCGGGAUCCCCUGAGAACUCCGUACGAAGCGGCCUUCCCCCCACGUCUUUUCCUCGGGCCUUCCGUCGGAUGGUCUUUCCUGCUCGCCCCCCAGGGCCCUGGAUGAUUGACUGAGCCGGCGAUGGACCCCGGCAGCGUAAACCAGGUUGACCGAGCCAUCAUCAGAAUCGCCGCCCACUUGCCAGAUCUCAUUGUCUACGGAGAGUUCGCCCCUCAGUUUCCCUCGCUGGAAUACUUUGACGGCGUCCUCAUGUUUGUGGAUAUCUCAGGUUUCACCGCGAUGACGGAGAAGUUCAGCACAGCCAUGUACAUGGACCGUGGAGCUGAGCAGCUGGUCGAAGUCCUCAACCGCUACAUCAGCGCCAUAGUCGAGAAGGUGCUGAUUUAUGGAGGGGACAUCUUAAAGUUUGCAGGGGACGCCUUGCUAGCCCUGUGGAAAGUGGAAAGGCGGCUUCUGAAAAAUAUCAUAACCGUGGUGAUUAAAUGUAGCUUGGAAAUCCACGGGAUAUUUGAAAUCCAAGACUCUGAGGAAGGCCUGGAUCUCCGAGUGAAGAUUGGGCUGUCGGCCGGCCACAUCACCAAGGUGGUGUUCGGGGACGAGCUAAGGAGACACUUCCUGGUGAUCGGGCAGGCCGUCGAGGACGUGCGCUUCGCCCAGGGCCUGGCCCAGAUGAACGAGGUCAUCCUGUCCCCAAACUGCUGGCAGCUGUGCGACCGCAACAUGAUCGAGAUCGAGCGCAUCCCGGACCAGAGAGCCGUCAAGGUCAGCUUCCUCAAGCCUCCCCCGAUGUUUAAUUUUGAUGAAUUUUUCACAAAAUGCAUGACCUACAUGGAUUUCUACCCCACCAGGGAAAAUCAAAACCUGCUGCGACUUGCCUGUACUCUGGAGUCCAACGCCGAGCUGGAGAAUUUCCUUCAAAAAUACAUCAUGGAAAACAUUCUGAAACAGAUUGACGACAAGCAGCUGCGGGGCUAUUUGUCCGAGCUGCGGCCGGUGACGAUCGUGUUCGUGAACCUGCAGUUUGCGGAGCAUGGGAAGAUCGAAGACGUGGGCCAGGCCAUCCAAGACGCCAGCAUUCACAUCUCUGCCGUGCUGAGGACCUUCAGAGGCCAGAUCAACAAAGUCUUUAUGUUUGACAAAGGUUGCUCCUUUCUCUGUGUCUUCGGUUUCCCUGGGGAGAAGGCGCCCGACGAGAUUACCCACGCCUUGGAGAGUGCCAUAGAAAUAUUCGACUACUGUUCUCAGAUUUUCAAAAUUAGGGUGGUGUCCAUCGGGGUCGCCAGCGGGACGGUGUUCUGUGGGAUCGUCGGCCAUUCUGUGCGGCACGAGUACACGGUUAUCGGGCAGAAGGUCAACAUCGCGGCCCGCAUGAUGAUGAACUACCCGGGGAUCGUGUCGUGCGACUCGGUGACCUAUAACAAUUGUAGCCUGCCCUCCUACUUCUUCAAGGAGCUGCCCAAACAGGAGAUGAAGGGGGUGGUCGACCCAGGACCCGUCUACCACUGCCUGGGCCUCAACGAGAAAAUCAUGUUUGGCAUGGCGUGUCUCACCCGGAACCACCAAGAGGAAUACCCCCUGUUGGGGCGGGAUAAGGAGAUCCAGUUCUUCGUAUCCAUCCUGAAUGACUUUGUGGUCUCCAGCUGCAGCCGGGUCCUGAUGUUUGAGGGCUCUGCCGGUUACGGGAAGAGCCAGCUGAUCGUGGAACUGGACUUUCUGGCCAAGAGCCAGAGCCACAGGGUCAUCUCUCUGGGGCUCACCAAGAUCAGCAUCCAUCAAGCCUUCUACACCAUCCAGCUACUGAUGGCCAGCUUGCUGGGGCUCGACGCCUGCAAGCAUUAUAAAGAGAGACAGACGAAUCUCCAGGUCAAAGUCGGGAACCUGAUCGACGAAAAGGUCUACUGCCUCCUCAAUGACAUUUUCCACGUUCAGUUUCCCAUGUCCCGCGAGGCUUCGAGGAUGAGCCACCAGGAGAAGCAGAAGGAGAUCGAAGCGUUGUUCACGCACGUCCUGGAGCGGGAAGCUAAACAGGAGAAAAUCAUUUUCAUCAUCGACGAAGCCCAGUUCAUCGACGAGACGUCCUGGAACUUCAUGGAGAGGGUGCUGCAGAGAAUCCCCAUCUUCUUUAUCCUGUCCCUGUCGCCGUUCUUCGACGUACCCUGCGACGCCGCCCAGGCCAUCAUGAAGAGCCGGGACACCACCUACAUGGUCCUGGGGGAGAUGACCCCCGCGGACAUCCGGGCCAAGGUCUGCCUGGACCUCAACGUCGCCAGCAUCCCCAAAGAGCUGGAGAUGUAUCUGGUGGAAGGGAGCUGUGGGGUUCCAUUUUACUGCGAGGAGCUGUUGAAAAACCUCGACCGGCACAAGGUCCUUCUCUUCCGCACCUUGGUGAACGAGGACAUCAAGAUGAACGUGACCUGGGAUGUCCUGUUCAAAAAUUUCACCAAGCCCCAGCAGGUUUUGGGCAUAUUCUCUCUGCCCAGCGUCGACGAGGGCAUCGAGGUCUGUGACCUCACGAAGGGCGUCAGGCUGAAAAACAUGUCUCCCCCAUCGACGUUGAAAGAAAUCUCCCUGGUCCAGCUGGACAGCAUGAGCCUCUCCCACCAGAUGCUGGUGCGCUGCGCCGCCAUCAUCGGCCAGACCUUCAGCACGGAGCUCCUGUUUGAGGUCCUCCCUUGCUGGAACAUGAAGAUGAUGAUCAAAGCCCUGGCCAUCCUGGUGGAAUCUUCCAUCUUUUACUAUUUCCGCAACAGAAAAGAGUUCCGGGCGGUUAUGAAUCAACACUCUUCCACCUUCGAGGUGCAUUACCGUUCCAUAGCCCUGAAGCCCCCAGGAGGGCGGGCAGCCGGAGAAGAGGAGCAGAUCCGGGACCUGGAGAGCGAGGUGACCGAAUGCAGCGUCAUGUGCUUCUGCAAGCCGAUAAUGCAGAAGACGGCCUACGAGCUCUGGCUGAAGGACCAGAAGACGGCCCUGCACCUGAAAUGCGCCCGCUUCCUGGAGGAGGACGCCCACCAGUGCGAUCGCUGCGGCAACGGGGACUUCAUCCCCUUCCACCAUUACACCGUGGACAUCCGCCUCAACUCCUUGGACCUGGACACGGUCAAGAAGAUGAUUCACCUUCACGGAAUUCACAAGAGCAGACGCAGCUCCACGUCCCAACUGAAGACUCUGAAGAAAUCUGAGGUCUUUCUGGAAGAUCUCAGCGCCGAACAGAUAGGAGGAAAGGUCUUGGGUUUCUUUGACUUAAUUUUAGAAAAAAUCAAGACGCCCGAAGAAAACCUCAUCCCCAUAGAAGCCUGCCAAUGCCAUGAGAUUCUGGAGUCCGUCGUCCUGCCUCUCGCCUACCACUUCAUGGCUCUGGGCGAGGAGAGCAAGGCCUUGUAUUACUACCUGGAAGUCGCGGCCGCCUACAUCAACGUGUCCGACAACUACUUGGCCUACAUCUAUCUGAAUGAAGGAGAGAAGUUGAUCAAAUCGCUGAAGGAUAAAAAAAUCUACCACCGAUUCGAGACAGCCACUUUCUUCUGCCUGAAGGGCCAGGUCUGCUUCAACAUGGGCCAGAUGGUCCUGGCCAGGAAGAUGCUGAGAAAGGCCCUCAAGUUGCUGGAUCGGGUCUUCCCGUACAACUGCGUCUCGGUGUUCUUGCAGACCCACGUGGAGAAAACCCGGCAUUAUGCCUACCUCAACCAGCCCAACGAAGAGAGCCCCCCGCCCGGGAAGAAGAGGCUGGCCCAGCUGUACCAGCAGACCCGCUGCCUCUCCCUCCUGUGGCAGAUCUACAGCCUGGACUACACUUUCUACUGCAAGUACUUCGCCCACCUGGCCGCCAUGAUGCAGGUCAACUCGGCCCUGGAAUCCCAGGAUGACUUUCAGAUCAUCUCCGCCUUCCUGGACUACUCGCUGCACAGCCAGCUGGCCGGCUACCAGGGCAUCUGGUUCAAAUACGAGAUCAUGGCCAUCGAGCGGACCUUCCAGCUGCCGCUGAGGGGGAAGGGGGUGGAGAUCGUCGCCUUGGUCACGGACAAGCUGUCCUACAUCAAGCACCUGAUGGGCUACCUGGACCUGUCCAUCCAGCUAGGCUACCAGGCCCAGAGAAUGUGGGGGCUGCUCAAGAGGCCCGACAAGCACUAUUUGGUCCUCUGCAGACUGUCGAAGGCGCUCUUCUUGAAAAACAGGUACAAGAAUCUGAUCCAGGUGUUGAAAUGGCUGUGGGAGCUCUCCGUCAACGAGGACCACAUCAUCAGCAAGGCCUUCUUCUACUUCGUCUGCCUGGACCUCAUCCUGUACGGCGGCUUCGUCUACAGGCCCUUCGACGAGUGCCUGGGCUUCACCACCCAGAACGACGACAGCAAUAUCCUCAAAUUUCACAGCGGCAUCAUGAUGGGACUCUAUUCCGCUAUCGCGAUCUGGUAUGCCAGGCUGCAGGACUGGGAGAGCUUCGGGGAGUUCUUCAACCGAGCCAAGAAGCUGGUGACGAGGAGGACGGCGUCCGUGCUCUACUGCCAGGGCUUCUCCCGCUUCCUGGAGUGCCAGGUCCUCUUCCUGCAGAGGCAGAUCGAGGAGCAGGCGCCCAACGCCCAGGACAGCGGCGUCGAGCUCCUCAAGAACCUGGAGAGUUUGGUGUCUCGCUGCACUACCGGGCCCAUCUUCCACCCGCGCAUCUAUCACCUCAUGGCCUACGUGUGCGUCCUCAUGGGGGACGGGGAGAACUGCCAACUCUUCCUCACCACCGCCCUGCAGCUCUGCGAGGCCCACGGAAACCUCCUGGAGAAGUGUUGGCUGGACCUCAGCAAGAAGUGGUGGUACUCCGGCAAGGACCCCGGCGACGACCACUGGUUCCAGACGGUCUUGAACCUGCCGCUGUGGGACGAGGUGCUGACGGGCCGCAUCAACCUGGAGGAGAUCGAGCAGAACAAGUUCCUGAUGAAGAUCACGUCGGCCGACAACCCCUUCCGCAACUUCCGGCCGCGCCACAAGGCCACCUCCAGCUCCCUGGAGGACCAACGGUUCCGGCGGGAAAGGGUAGGGCACCGAGGAGUCACCGCCCGCGUCCCCGUCCUGGCCCGGAGCCCCUUCCCCUCAACCCACCGCCGCUGGGCGUUGCAAAUAAAGCCGGGAGGAGGUUCACCUCGACGAAGCUGACGACCUUGCCACCCUAAAGCUUCUCCCGCUUCCUCCGGCCUUCCGGCCCCGGGUUUGGCCCAGAGGACGGAGGGGGGACGUCUCUCGGGGUGUCCCUGGCGGCUUCUGACACGGCAAUAACGGCAGAAAUUGUGGAAUCGCUUACUCUGGGCCGGGCACUGUACCAAGUGCUGGGGUCGAGGGGAGCCAGUUGAGUUGGACCCAGUCCCUGU